AUGACUUCAAAUAUUGGCGUUCCGACUAAACUUCUUCACGAGGCCCUUGGUCAUGUCAUUACCGUUGAACUCAAGACUGGACAAGUUUACCGUGGAAAGCUUCACGAUGCCGAAGAUAAUCUCAAUAUCUCACUCAAGGAUAUCACUGUUACUCAUCGAGAUGGUCGUGUAACACAGCUCGAUCAAGUUUAUAUUCGAGGACCCAUGAUUCGUCUCUACGUUAUUCCUGACAUGCUUCAAAAUGCUCCAAUGUUCAAACGAGGUACCGGAGUCAAAGGACGCGGUAUCGGAACAGCACGUGGUCGUGCUACUAUCCAACGAGCACAGGCACGGAGAGGUAGAGGUGGACCCGCUGGGGGUGGCAGGGGUGGAGGCGGCGGUGGAGGCGGCGGCGGUGGUGGAAUGCGUAGACAAUGAGCACUCUAAACGUCACUACCGUGUGAUCGGACCAUGUCCUGGAGACCAACCUGGCUUCCUGAGUGAACCUGAACCGAGGCUACGCAGAAAGCUGUCACAACUCACCAUUUGAUCAAUUACCGCACACUUGCAACACCCAAGAUUCGAUGUUUUGCGCCGAUGAAGAAAAAAGGGUUUCGCCCUCAAUUGCCAUACGGACCUGUGGAGACAUUUUCAGAUCGUUAUGGUGUUGUUUGUUUGUCCCGUUUGCGCGCCAGCUCUGUCUCCAUACCCUGAUCGCAAGAGUAGGCCGCGUGUCCGUCCGUCACACAAAGUACAUAAUGAAAUGUGUUAUAUUCUU